AUGUUGGCGAGGGUUAGAACAGAGUUAAUCUGCAGCGCAAUUGGUCAAGUGUUGGAUAGCCGGAGUCGGGCUCCAUGGAGCUUGUCAUUUAUAACUGACUUCUUUUGGGGAAUAGCAGACUUCGUAGUUAUGUUUUUCCAGAGCAUUAUUCACCCAGACGUGACAAGGAGAGGCUACACAUCUUCCUCCUCUUCAAGAUAUGAUGAUGGAAGGGGGCCUCCAGGGAUUCCUCGUCGCAGAAUGGGUCGAAUAAACCACCUUGGAGGAGGUCCAACUCCUCCACCAAUGGCUGGAGGUGGAUGA